UGCGAGGUAUCAUGGAGGAUCAGUUAGAGAACGGCAGCCAUUGAAGAAAGCCGAGCCGUAGAUUCGCGCUUUGGAGUUUCUGAGUAUUUUUGUUUAAGCGGUCUGACCCAGUUCAACAAUUACCGAUAAAAUGGAGAUGAAAAAGAGGAUCAGUCUAGAGCUAAGGAACAAAACUCCAUCAGAGGUAGCAGAAUUGGUGGUGGAUAACUGUCGCUCAAGCGACGGUGAGAUUGAAGGCUUGACAGAUGAGUUUAAGGAGCUGGAGUUCCUCAGCAUGGUCAACGUGGGUCUGACUUCCCUGGCCAAACUUCCCUCACUGCCAAAACUGAGAAAGUUGGAGCUGAGUGAUAAUAACAUCUCCGGGGCACUGGAGGCACUGGCAGAGAAAUGCCCAAAUUUAACAUAUCUAAAUUUGAGUGGCAACAAGAUCAAAGAGCUCAGCACCCUGGAGGCCCUGCAAAACCUUAAGAACCUGAAGAGUUUGGACCUGUUUAACUGUGAGAUCACAACAUUGGAUGACUACAGGGACAGCAUCUUUGAACUGCUGCCUCAGGUCACAUACCUGGAUGGUUUUGAUGCAGAAGACAAUGAAGCUCCAGAUUCUGAAGCUGAGGAUGAUGAUGAUGAUGAGGAGGAGGAGGAAGCAGCUGGACAACUCGGACAGUAUGAUGAUGAAGAUGACGAAGAAGAAGAGGAUGAGGAAGGCUCAGAGGGUGGAGAAGUUGGCCUGUCCUAUCUAAUGAAAGAAGACAUCCAGGAUGAGGAAGAUGAUGAUGACUAUGUAGAAGAGGAGGAGGAAGAAGAAGAGGCGGCGGGGGUCAAAGGAGAGAAGAGAAAAAGGGAUGCUGAGGAUGAAGGCGAGGAUGAUGAUGAUGAUGAAGACGAUGACUAACCCUUUAUGUUUGACUUUUUGAAAACAAUAUCCAAGCUGUAGAUCAACCCUGAAAAGACCCUGAUCUUGCAGAUUGUUUUUCUCUUUGUAAACCAUAGAUAAAUCACUGUAGAAGCUAAGCAUUUUCUUUUAUAAAUACAAUAUAUAUAUAUAUUACAUUAUAUAAAAGGGGUUUAUAGAUAAGUCAUUUAUAGCCAUUCCAAGUUUAUUCCCAAAACGAAAAUCAAAUUGUCAAGGGGUGGUGGGCAAGGGGAAAAUUUGAGAUUUUGUGACUCCAAAUAAGCUGGUCGCUCGGCCGUUUGCAACUAAAGACAGCACUAGGAUUUCACUGAGGGGGAGCAGCAUUUGUUUGUCCAAAUCCAUAAGCUCAGCUGCUCAGUUUGUGCUUCAGGUCCCAGUGACUUUCCCGUUAGACCUCUGUGAGGAAGCAGGGCAUUUCCUGUUACUCAUCUACCUCUCCAGGUCUCCUCCUCAGUCCAUCAUAGAACAGCAAGCAAAUCAUCUCUAGUCGUCAACUCCAUUGUUCCCGGAUCAACCAAUCGCUGCCAAGGAUCUUGUGUCACAGUCUUUAUAUGGGAUGGUCUUUGUAUGAUUCAGCUUUUUUGGAGAUCAGACGUGCUCAUGUUGACAGACCAGAUGGUAUGUGGUCUCAUGAAUUUUUAAAGCGUCAUGUAUGUAAAUGCGAUGUAAAUGAAUUGAGCAAAGAUCAAGAAUUGGCAAACUGAUUUUAAGGUUUUUUUUUAUUAAAGAGAUAAAUCAUGUAUUGUUUAGUGUGACCUAUGAGCAGUUUGCCCUUUCUCAUGUUUUAUGCAGAAGUCCUAUUUUUGACAAAAUGUCGUCUUAGAAAUUAAAAUCCAAUUAGUCACUUUUUUAAAGAGAAAUGGCAUUUGUGGAUUCUUUUCAUAAUGUUCAGGUUUAACAGCUUUGUUGGAUUACACAGCACCCUUAAGUACCUUUCUACCGUUGUCUUGUAGUUAAAACAGGUCAGUUUCUACCUUUUGUUGAGGUAUUUUAGAGUAAUACCUUUUAAUCUGAUGUUCAUAUGGCAAUAUGUAUAUAGUACCUAUUUCAGCAGGUUGCCAUUUACAGUGUGGGGUUUUUUUUAGCUAAUCUUUUUGGUUAGUUGUUUUAAUACAAAAUUACAUGUUGGAGGACAUGCAUACAUACAAAUCUCCGGUUUAAUUUCUGUUACUUGGUUGUUGUGCGAGUGUUGUAUUUAGGGUUUUAUGUGCUAUAAACCUCUUUAAAGGGUUUUAGUUUUGUUGUUGGAUUUUGAUGUUUUGUUUAAACGGGUUGUUUAGGAUGUUUUUUUUAGUUUGGAAGUUCAUUUAAGAAUUAUACUGGAGUUAGAUGAAUGGAUGAGUUGUCCUUUUGAUGAUUAAAAAUGAUGUAGGACUCCGUAGGAUAUUAUGUUCAAUAGAUGGGCUUGUAAAGCUUUCAGCAAUUUCAUUAUAAAAUUUUAUAAUUAUAUUAUAAAAUUUGCAUAUUUGCAAGAUUGGUAAAGAAGCACUGUUUUAAUAUAUCCAGAGAUGAUAACCAGUUCACUAUGAGACAAACAGUGAAUAUUUCAUUAUUUUGUUUUUUUUUUACUUGGAAAUGAUUUAUGAAAACCUUUCCAUGAAUGCAGCCUAGAAUAAGUUUGAUGUGGACAAUAAAGGAAAGUCUUAUGAC